GCCUCACCAUGCGAGCAGCAUUUUCUGAAGGCGCAACGUAAAUGACUAAAUUGAUUUGUUAAUGCCACGUGAAUUUGUGUUUGGACCCUACUCUACUACGACCAACAAACUAAAUAUGUGAAAGAAUGGCAUGGAAAUGUUUACACUUUCUGAGCCUUCUGACAUCUCUGCAUAGUGUCCAAGGUCAAACAACACAAAUUCCAUCCACGACACAGCUGCUACUGUCAUUUCCAACAACACAUUUGGAUAUCGUGUGUGCAGCAGACCAGUACCAGUGUGCAGAUCACAAGAGCUGCAUUGCGCAGAGAUUCUACUGUGACGGGACCCUCGACUGCACCGAUCACAGCGAUGAGACGCCCAACUGCCAAUGUUUCUCCAACCAGCAGCGCUGUGCCAAUGGAACCUGUUUGGCAACAAAAAGCUUCUGCGAUGGUGUCAAUGAUUGUGGGGACUAUUCCGAUGAGACCAACUGCACUUGCUCACCAAACCAGUUUUUAUGCAGCAACAUUGGCCGGUGUCUGGAUUGGAUCUACGUUUGUGAUGGGGACGUGGACUGCAGUGAUGGUUCUGAUGAAACUGGCUGUGAAAAAGAAUGCGCCCCAAGUGAGUUCCGCUGUGCUGAUAAGAAGCACUGCAUUCGUGGAAGCCUGUACUGUGAUGGGGUGACUGACUGUGCAGACCAGAGCGAUGAGACCCCAGACUGCUGUACUGCAAACCAGUUUUCAUGCAACAACAGCAACAAUGAAUGUUUGCAGUGGAUCUACGUUUGUGAUGGAGAAGCUGACUGUAUUGGCGGAUCUGAUGAAAGCGACUGUGAAAAAGGUGUCUGCCUGGGAAUCGUGUACCUGUGUGAUGGAGUCAAUGACUGUGGGGAUUUUACUGAUGAAAGCAACUGCAGAUGA